GAUGGGGAAGAAGUCCCACGACCUGCUUUUGGCUCGUUGCCUCAUUUAAACCUCCCAACAACCUUGCCUUGGGAGGGAAACAUCCCCAUCUUGCAGGUGAGGUAACUGAGACCCGGCCAGGUGAAGCAGGGGCUCAGGGCCCACAGGGAGUGGUGUCAAUGGGGCCUGGCCCCAGGCUGGGAGACUUCGGGAAGGAGUGGCCUCUAAGCUAACUUCCUUCUCUGCCUGGGCCCUGUGGGGUGGUUCUCCUCUGCCAGGAGCACCGGGGUGGGAGAGGAGGCUCCUGGCUGUGGGCUGAGGAUGCUACUCUCCUCCAGGCCUUAGUCUGCCCAUCUUUGACAGCCCUCCCUCCUCCAGGAAGCCCUCCGGGAGGUUCUGGGCUUUGGAAGGUCACUGACUGCCCGGCCUUCAGGACAAGGCAGAGGGGUAGGGAUGGGGCCUUCACAGAUCCCCAGCCAGCCAAGGGGCUUCGAGCUGAGCUUGCUUUUCCAUCAGGGUUCUGGGGCUCAGGGCUUAGAUGCUGGAGGCCUGGUGGGGAAGGGGGUUUAGGGGCGGGGGUUCACAGCAGCAGUUCUGUCCACGUGUGUGUGCAGGGUUCUGGGCGGCUGGCCAUUGGCUGCCUGACCGGGCAGGUCUGUCGGGGGCUCAGUCGGGCCUGGGGAAGCAGCUGUAAGCAGAGACUCGGUUGGCCAGACUGGGGUAAGUGCCGGUUUGGGGUAAUUAGAAGGCACAUAAUUAGAAGGCGUCAGGGCGCUUGGCGGCAGUGUCUGUGAAUGGGCCUGAGUGGGCCCUCAUUGGCUUCGGGUCGGGCCUUUGGACCCCCAUUUUCUCCCUAGAAGUCUUGAGAUCACAGCUCGCGUCUGUCUGGAGGUGAGCAUCUGCACAGCCCCUCCCUGUGGGCUCAGGUCACCCAGCAGGUGCUGGGCAGGGCCAGGGUGGGACUCGGCCCAUCCCCUCUGUGGCUGUAGUUAGCCCCGCCCCAGCCCUCUGGGCCCACCCCAGGGACAUGGAGGGGUGCUGCGUCUGGGGACUGGGCAGGGCUGCGGGGCCAGCCUGAGGCCUUGGGGCUCAUGGUCAAGUCUAGGGGUGAGAUCCUGUGAAGAACAGGGGAGGGAGCAUGGGGAGGUGGACUUGAGUGGGAGCUGGGCCUGGGCAGGGGGAAGGGACACUUUGGGACAGGAAUGAGAAAAGAAGACUUAUGACCAAGUUAGAAGAGGGACAGGUGGGGGUGUGGAUCAGAGGAUGCCAUCUGUUGGGUGCUGACGGCCAGGGUGUGACCUUCACUCUACUCUGUGGCCCGAACUUCUCCUGUCCCAGGUUUUCCCCUGAGCUGGCCUUGGGCCAAGAGCUGCUGCCAAUGACCUGGAGAGUCCCGAGGAUGGUGUGACCACUGCCCCUCCCCUCCCCUGUGGUGUAAUUCAAACCCCUGGCCCGCCAAGGUCUGUGCCAGGCCAGGCCGCCUAGUGCGGGCGGAUCGGUUUCCUCGGGCUUCUUUUCCAGGUGGGAAGUCUGGGCCACCUGUAGGCUGAGGGGCUCUCGUGUGACCUGGGGUUUCUGGGGCAGCGCUUCUCCUCCCAGGCUUGGCAUCAGACAACUCGGGGCUCCAGGCAGGGUCCCCUCAACCUGCUGGGGCCCUGGGCCAUGGCUUGGCUCUCUGAGGCCACCCCUCAGGAGUCUGUGGCUGAGGCCCGACAAACAUGGCUUCCCUCACCCUCGGGAGCCUGAAGCUGGGCCUCCUGGAAGCACGCAUCGAACUCCCUCGGUUGGCCUCAGUCCCUUUUGUUGUCUGAUUCAAAUCCCUCCUGCUGUUCCAACCUUGUCUACUGGCUGGAGACUUUUCUCCAGAGGAGGCCCCACUUUGAGCCUGGGGCUCAGCCUCGGGCCAGUGCCCAUCACUCUCUGCUCUCACCCUGCCUUCUUUUGAUUCUUGGCACUUCCCACUGUCUGUGGGGGGACACUCACUGUUCAUCUGUUGGCCAUUGGUCUCCCCUAGGGUGUGAGCUCCCCAAGGACAGGGACAGUGUGUGUCUUGUUCAUACUAUUUCCUGUGCUGAGGGCAGUGCCCAGCACACAGUAGGUGCCCGAAAGAGGAUGGAAGGCUGAGUGCUGGCUGCCACGACUCCCCCCACCCCUUGGCCCCGGGUCUGCUCAUGGCCCGAGAGAUGCAGUCAGCAACAUGCCAGCCCUCUGUGGAGAAGUUGGCCCAGCAUGGACAGUGGGACACAUGGGAGGACCAGGACUGUCAUGGGGUGGGGGCGGGGGGACACGUGGGAGGACCAGGACUGUCAUGAGGUGGGGGUGGGGAGACACGCAGGAGCUUUCGGGGCCAGACUCAGCUUUGGAGGAAGGGAAGUCUAGAGAAGAUUCCAGAAAGAGAGGCUUUUGUGUUGGACUUUGACGGGUAAGGGAAAGGGCCUUCCUUGGAGCAGACAUAGCAAGAGUGAAGGCAGAGAAGCAGAGGCCCGGCAUGCUCCUGGGCCUGCAGGGAGUUCUGAGUGGCCAGAACCUGAGAGCUGGUGAGGCCGGGUGUGGGGAGACUGCCAGCCCUCUCACUGCCCCACCCCCAGGGCUGCAGCUUGGGAUUUUCUGCCUCCCAGCCUCCCCUGCCCACGCCCCAGGGCACUUUGCUGUUUCUGGAAGGAAAAGGAAGCCUUUUGUCCUCCAGGAAGGCCCCCAAGCCUGGCAGGGCCCUCUGCCCCAAUCCAGCUUGUGCUGCCCUGGAAGGCUGGAGCCAGACAGGACACCCCCUUGCAGGCUGUUGGGGUGGGGGCAGUGAGGGUAGGCCAGGCCACCCCACACUCUGUCCAGCAACACCUGUGAAUUCCCUGUCCCGUCCUGUCCUGGAAGCAGUGCUGGGCGGGCAGCAGUGCCUGCCUGUUCCCGCUACCCACUGAGCCUGCCCUCCAUCUGCCCCAGGCUGGGGACCCCCCGGGGCCUGAGGAUGAAGCUGAGCCCGCUGCACUGGCCGCUGUCCUGCCUCCUGGUGGGCAGCUGGCUCUACUCUGCCUGCUAUCCCCAAGAUGGAGCCAAAUCAGAGGACCAGGGUGUGGGCGGAGGGGUCUCCCCACAGCAGGAGAGAUUAUGGGCAGGCAACUGUACCUGGAAUGGGAAGCAGAGGGAGCUCCCGGUGGAACAGGCUGUGGGACAUGAAUUGAGAAGAUGCUUCCCUUGGGAUGUGUCAUGCCCUGUCUGCUGCCCUGGCCUCUGGCCACUCCAACAUCAGUGACCCCUUGGCAGUGCCCACCCGGGGAGGAGCCCAACCUGGGCCUGGAGCAGGGCACACUAUGCAGGUCCUGUCCCCUGGGCACCUUCUCAGCCUCGUGGGGCUCUAGCCCAUGCCAGCCCCACUCCCACUGCAGCCCUCGAGGGAGGCUAGAGGCCCAGGCAGGCACGGCGACUCGAGACACACUAUGUGGAGACUGCCAGCCUGGGUGGUUCGCGCCCUCAGAGGCGCCCGGCGUUCCCUGUCAGCCGUGCUCUUGGACACCCCUGGGUACUCACAGCUGUCAUGAGUGGAGGCAGCGGGCCCGACGUGGCGUGGAGAUGGCAGCAGGGGCUGGCGGCACUGGGGAGAGGCGGCAGCCAGACAACAGCACACGCGCAGGCAGCCCUGAGGAGACGGCUGCCCAGUACGCGGUUAUUGCCAUCGUACCUGUCUUCUGCCUCAUGGGGCUGCUGGGCAUCCUGGUGUGUAACCUGCUCAAGCGGAAGGGCUACCACUGCACAGCCCACAAGGAGGUCGGGCCUGGCUCUGGAGGUGGAGGCAGCGGGAUCAACCCUGCCUACCGGGCUGAGGACGCUAAUGAGGACACCAUCGGGGUCCUGGUGCGCCUGAUCACAGAGAAGAAAGAGAACGCGGCGGCCCUGGAGGAGCUCCUGAAGGAGUAUCACAACAAACAGCUGGUGCAGACCAGCCACAGGCCUGUGCCCAGGCUGCCACCGGGCCGCCCCAACAUGCCGCACAUCUGCCCGCAUCGCCACCACCUCCACACCGUGCAGGGCCUGGCCUCAAUCUCUGGCCCCUGCUGCUCCCGUUGUAGCCAGAAGAAGUGGCCUGAGGUGCUCCUGUCCCCUGAGGCCGCAGCUGCCACCACUCCCACUCCCAAACUCCUGCCCAACCCAGCCAGGACCCCCAAGGCUGGGGCCAAGGCAGGACGCCAGGGCGAGAUCACCAUCUUGUCUGUGGGCAGGUUCCGCGUGGCCCGAAUUCCUGAGCAGCGGACAAGUUCAGCAGCCUCUGAGGUGAAGACCAUCACGGAGGCUGGGCCAUCAGGGGGUGAUCUCCCCAACUCCCCGCAGCCUGGCCUCCCCACUGAGCAGCGAGCAUUGCUGGGAAGUGGUGGAAGCCAUACUAAGUGGCUGAAGCCCCCAGCAGAGAACAAGGCUGAGGAGAACCGCUAUGUGGUCCGGCUAAGUGAGAGCAACCUGGUCAUCUGAGGGGCUGUCUCAUCUGAGGACACUGCAGCCCUGCCCUGGGAGGUUCCGAAGGCUUCCUGGAGGAGGUAGAGCUGCAGCUGGGCCUGUUAGGAUCAAGCAGCUAUGGCCCAGCCGACGAAACAGCAAAGGCCAAGGCCUGGAGGUGGGAAUGUCCGCCCCAGUGAGGAGGCAGGCCGGCCAGUGAGUGCUGUGUGCAGGAGCAGGUUGAGAGCCCGUCCCCUUUCCCUGCCACCCAGUUCCUUCCCUGCAGGAUGCCCCUGACCCUGUACCAUGCCCUAGCCAGAUCCUAGGAGCUCACAGUAUCCUCUGUACCACCAGGGGGCUAGGCCUUAGCGAUGGGGAGGGGCACCCUGCCUGGCCCGCCUGGCCCCAAGCCUUGGUAAUUAGUGGCCGCCUGCCUCUGUACAGGGCCCUAGAGCACAUGUACCUCCCCCUCCUCUUCCAGCAGGUCCUGUACAGGGAAGGGGCAACAAAAAGCCGUGGGCUGGGAGGCUGAGUUCCUGGGUUCUAAUCCUGGGCAAGUCCCUGGUUAUCACUGGGUCCCAAUUUUUCUGUGAAGUGGGGAGAGAACGACAUCUCAGUGCCAGGGCUCCUUGGGUCCCUUGCAGUCUCUGGGCUGGGUUGUGUGUGGGGAGGGCUUGCCUCCUUGCCACCACUCCCAUUAGUAGCUUUAUCUGGCUCAUUUUCGCUGCUUCUAGGGCCUCCACCUCCAAGGCCCCUAUGGGGCUGCCUAUCCACGGCUCUGUCUACAGAAGUGGCUUAAUGCAUGUGCCUGCCCCUGACCCUGCUGUUUUUAUUGAAAUUGAAAAAACAGACUUGACCUGGGCAGGGCUGUGGGACAGAGCCCCAGCCUGCCCAGCCACCCCCAGGAUCUGAGGAGCCUUGGGGGAGAGGGGUGUGUGAUGGAGCUGGAGAGGCACCUCUGGCCUCGGUGGUUUUUGUGUCCCUGUGGUGUUGGUGUGUCUGUCUCCCAGCCUGGGCAGUGCAGGCAACUGCCCAGCCCCCAUCUCCACUCACUCAGCAACCUGGUUAUUUAUGUGGGGCGGUGCAGGCACGGGCCCCACUGCCAUCCCCAUUUUAUUUAUUGGAACUUUGCUGUUGUCCUAUCCUUGCGUCUCUAUCCCCAUCCAAUUGUUGAAUAAUAAAAGGUGGGAAAGUGG